ACGCUGAUUACGCUGAUGAAAGAAGCUUCUUGGAUCAUCUCCGUCGCUGUCUUCCACACAAAGUUAGGAUUGAUAUAUACACAUCACCCAUUGGAGGAAGAACCAUCACUAACUCACCAUCUCUCAUCCUCUCUCAGCCAACUCCAAACUUUCAAUCUUCGCCUCUCCUCACCACAAACUCCAUCUCAAAUUACUUCUCGACAGCCGAUCGAUCUCAUGGAUACCGAUCAUGGCGACAACAGCGGCAAACACAGCUCUCAGAGCCACAAGGCUCACCCAAAACCAACCCAGCUCCUCUCCAGUGCCAAAGUAGUGGCCGACGCGGCCAAGUCUGCGCUCCACCACGAGACCGACAAGAUCGACAAGGCCAAGGUCGCCGGCGCCGCCGGCGACAUCCUCGGCGCGGCUUCUCACUACGCGAAGCUCGAGGAAGGGAAGCUGGGGAAGUACGUCGGGCAAGCGGAGAAUUACCUCCACCAGUACCACUCAUCCCAUUCCGCCCACUCCUCCACCACCUCCGCGGCCGCCCAUUCUUUGUCGACCCACUCCACCGGCGAGGCUCAUCACGGCGGCGGCGGCGGCGGCCUGGAGGACUACAUGAAGAUGGCGCAAGGCUUCUUGAAGAAGCGUUGACUUCUCAUCGUGUACUUUCUUGGAACGUGAAGAAGCUUUUCUUCUUGGACUGGCGUGGAUGACACGUUAGCCCGUGUGUUUACUUCUGUUGAAUGAGUCUAAAGAAGAUUGCCAUCAAGGUGGUUGAUUUGGUUCAA